AUGGAAGUGAAAGAUAUAUGUUCAGGCGUUCAGACGCUGCAGGAUCAAUUGCAUUCAGCACCAUUGACACUUACCUGUUCUGAAGCAGGACCCAGCAUUUCGGUUGAAAAGCGCAAUCUGCAAGACGGUUCACAUCAGGACCAGCCGCAUACGACAUCCAGCUCGAAAACAGGAUCUGCCUUCGUGGCCAAGACCCAAGGAUUACUAUACAUCACAGAGAACUCGAUCGCCCAAGUCGCCAAAACGGACCUCCUAAUAGCAUACCGCCUCUUCUAUCCAGAGGACUUCACCAUGUCUUCCUAUGGCUCGGCCCAUUCGGGACACCUGCACCCCGGUUUUCAACCGGCAUCGCAGCAGCAACGGGCACGCUCGCAAUCGAACCCUCCCUAUCCAACAACUCCAGCCUCGGCGUCAUACCCACAGCAACAACAGGGCAGUUAUUUUCCCCAACCACCCACGGCGCCGUACCAGCAACCACCAUCCACAUCCAAUCCCAUUGCCAUUCCGACAUCAAACAGACGACGAUCCUCGGGUUACACUCAUGGUCACGGCACUUCUCCUUUGUAUCCUCCCCCCUCGAGUCCAUACUCAAACUCGUACCCAGUGCAGCACCUUGCGCCUAUCCUGCAACAGCAACCGAUUCCGGAGAAUUACCAGUAUUCUCCUCCAUCCCAGCCAGCUGUGAUGUCGGGCUCGCCCACGCACCACCACCACCGCCGUCGCCGCUCAUCCUCCUCUGCCUACGGCUACGAUCCCCGUCAAAGCUAUGAAUCGGCACGCUCCUACCAGUCGGCACACGCCUACCACGACUAUCCCCCACAACAUUCACAAAUCGGUUACGGCAAUUACGACGACCGAUACAAUUACGGCAACGGGAACGAGGGCCAGGCUUCUGUGUAUCCUGAUCCAAUGCCGGUAAAGGAAUACGGAGAUUGGGACAAGAAAGAGGUCAGCAAGUAUCACAAGAACAGGGAUCUCGAGAGGAGGCCCACACUCGGAGGAAGUUUGAUGAGUUUGGUGAGAAAGGGAGGGAUGAAGCUGAAUGGCGAGCGUCGUUGA